CAAACGCUUAGCAACAGGGAGGCCGGAAAUGAAGGUUGUGCACUUAGAAAUAACUCCCCGUAUCAACAGCGAACUGGUUCCCGUCAACCCCUAGCGAUGACAUUUAGGGACUGCACAGAGCCAGUCAUAUGAGAGAUGUAUAUAAGCGACACCUAGUGGCAGGAGUUAAGAAAUGCAAGGAAUGCGCCUGAGGAGCCCCGGUCACUUCAUGUCAGUGAGAGACGCCGCGUUACAUUGAGUGAGAGCAGCGGGAAGUGACAAUCUCGCAUGACGGCAGAAUCCCAGUCAGCGCUGACUAUUACUCACGUGACCUUUAGCCUUGUGUGUGAGCGCGGAGGGAUAUGUGAAUUGAAGCAGCUUUUGCUCAUCCGCUCAUGAGUUCUCUAGUGCUGCUCUCACAGACAAGGAGCGCUUGUUAUAUCGGCACCUCACGCCAUUAAUCAACCUAAUGAGACCAAUACUGGUACCAGACAUGUCUCUAUAGAGCGCGAGCGAGAUGCGGGGAAUGACUUCUUUCAACACGCGUGUCUGUGAGGGAACUGUUGGAACGAGCCCACCAACAAAAUGGCGGCGAUUCGUGAGGCCUGUCACAUUCCAGUGGAGGAUGCCCACUGAGCAGUCGGAUAAUGAGACUGCUCCAAAAGUCAAAUUGGAGGAGGCAGAACUGGACACUAAGGAUCACUUGGCGGCAAUGCAAAUGGAAAUAGAUUCGGGUUCUGGAACGGAUGUACCAGAGACAAAACUAGAAGAGUUUAAUGUAAAGGUGGAGAAAGAAGAACCAGACUCUUCAGAAGAUCCUCAGAAGCAAACGGAAAGCUCAGCUGGCACUGAUGGGGAACCAGAAACAUCAAAGAUAAAGAUAAAAGAGGAACAAGCGCACUCUGAUUACCAAAAGUCAGUGCAAAGUUUGGUAGGUCCACUGGUUGAUGGAGAUACAGCACUGAAAAUAAAGUCAAAGAACAAAGGGUCAGACACUAAGGAUCAUUCAGCUGCAAAAAAGAGUGUGAAGGAUUCAGGGAAAGGCACCAAGAAGAAACGCCAGAAGGGUUCCCAGGGGAUCAAAAUGCCCAACAAAUUAAUCCUCGACACUGAGCGUCUCAUAAUUGAGAUACGGAAAAGGCCCUCCCUGUUUAACCCCUCCAACACUGACUUUGCAGACAAGCAGAAAAGGAGAGAAGCCUGGGAAGAGAUCUGUGUGGAGAUUAUCAAAGACUGGGCAACAUCAUCCUCCAAAAUACAAGUAAAGUAUUUAAAUGAGAUUCGGAAGAGAUGGAUGACCUUACGGGACUAUUUUCAGAAGGAGCUAGAAGCCCCGACGAAAAAGAAUCGCAACGGAUCUCGUUCCUCCCGGAAAAGCACGUUCAUCUAUUUUAGUGACCUCCAGUUCCUGAAGCCCAUCAUAGAAGACAGCGAAACAUCUGUACAGGUGGAUGAGGAAAUGUACGAUGAACCAAUAGAAGAGACUGGAGCAAUGAACUCUCUUUCUCCGACUGAAGAUGGCAAUACAGAACCAUUAAGGGAUCCCGUGCCUUUAAAUCCACAGUCACCAGAGACAGAGAACAGCGAUGGGGAAACUGCAGGAGACACGGCAUCACUGAAUCCGCCAUCUCCAGCCAAUGAGGACAGUGUAAGGGAACGGGUGCGAUACAGAGCCAAUCACAAUCAGCCAUCGCCAGCCAGUGAGGACAGUGUAAGGGAACAGUUGAGAUACAGAGCAAAUCGCAAUCACCUGUCUCCAGCCAGUGAGGACAGUGUAAGGGAACGGGUGAGAUACAGAGCCAAUCGCAAUCAGUCAUCUCCAGCCAGUGAGGACAGUGUAAAGGAAUGGAUGAGAUACAGAGCCAAUCACAAUCAGCCAUCUCCAGCCAGUGAGGACAGUGUAAGGGAACAGUUGAGAUACAGAGCCAAUCACAAUCACCUGUCUCCGGAAAGGGAGGAUGUGAUUUACAGGCCGCGUGCAAGCGAACCUCAGCCUAUUGCCACCGGCAAACUCUCCAAAAAGAGGAAGCACAUUCAUGAAGAUGAUGAUGACGAUGAUGAUGAUGGGAUCCCAGAGUUGCCAAAACCCAUUUCCUAUUUCAGGGACACUUUGGUGGACGACGAGAGAGAUGAAGAUCGUCUUUUCCUCUUGUCAUUGCUAAAGACACUCAAGAGAUUCUCUGCUUCCCAGAAACUCGAGAUCAAGUUAAAAAUGAGACAAACUGUGGCACGGGCAGCCAAGGAGGGAAGCCCUCAGCCCUCGCAUGCCCCAUACCCACAGCAGCAGCAGCCAUAUAUACCAUCCCAGUAUUCCCACUCAUACACUCAACAAUGUUACAUGCCAAACUCGGCGGCUUCUCCUCCCUCUGACAUGUCACAUCGUAUGCACUCGCCGUAUCCACACAAUUACUCAGGCCCUAGCUACGAAAAUGCUCACCGACAGAGUCCUCCCCUUCAGUCAUACAGGUAAAUGGAUGGUAAAGAUGGAGGCUCCAUGUUUCCAUCAUUUAAUGAAAUUAAAGAGUAGGUUCACUUAAUGCAAAGCCGGAUCCAUUUGCAUUAGCACCACUAGUAUCCCUCAUCAACAAAAUCAUUCAUUCAGUCAACCCCCUUCUACCAGUACUUGACAAACUACAAUGUCUAAUUAUACUUGUACUCCCUGCUGCUGUGCUGCUCUCUUCCCCAUGGUCAGGCAGAAGAGAGGUAGGAAUUUCACA